AUGAUCAAAUCACGAAUGGGUCUUAUCCUGUAUCAUUGCGGUCUGUUGUACUUGGCUGUACGAUUUCAAGGUAUGAUAAAGGUUAUGUGUAGUGCGGUGCUGAAGUGUUCCCAAUGUUAUUUUUUUAACACUAAUAGUUAUGAGUACGGAAGACAAGUAGGGAGCUAACUAGAACUACAGCAGUGAUGAGAACAAUAUUGACGAAUUUUUUAUUGUGUUUACCAUAAUAAAAUUCUUUCCUCAAGACUGAGAAGCUAAGGGCCAAAAUGAUACGUAUUUAUUAUUCCAUUAUUCCUUACUCAAAUUUGCAUGAUUUUAUUAUAGCAGUUUUCAAAAAUAUAAACAUUUCUGUACGAUUUCACUGCUGCUGUGAUUAUGAAUGAACAAGGACGUGGUUGUUUCGUUUUUCCGAGCAACCAUCAAGAUUGCAUUUCUGUUAUCAAUCAGGUUUUCAGUAUUUUUCAUUAGAAGUCUCCAUUCAGUACAUGAUUAGUUCGAAACUGACAAUGAAACAUGAAAAAACAUAAAAUUGUCGUCAUGGCUUGAGAUUAGCUCAAACACCUCAGCGGAGAAGUUUCCCGUUUCAUUUUUUUGAAGAGUCAUCGAUAAGUCCGUUCCAUAAAUAGGCUUUUUGUGAAUGUGAAAUAAAUACUCAAGGAAGUGCUAAUUUAAACUAACCGGAAAACUACGGUCAGCGACGCGAAACCUUGAAAUUGUCUAGCUUCAAAGGUUUUAGCAUAUAGAGAUAUGAAAAUGAGGUCACUCGCAAACUUGACAAUGACACAGAUUGUAUGCUUACAAGGUUCGAUUCGUUCGGUUCCAGCCAACCCAAUGAUCAAAGUAUUGAGCUAAAUGAUAUGGAUUCAUAUUCGCGCCGAUUUUAUUCUUUGCUAAAAUACCUUGAAGGUGGUUUUUUUAAUAAAUCAUUUUGGUCGAUAUAAUGUAUUAGAUCAAUUUUGAAUGUUUUAGUAGCCCAACAAUUCCUAUCCGUGAUCAAUGUCGUAGUUUCAAGCUCAUCUAUCCGACUUCAAAUCAAAGAUUUUAUGAAUUUGUUUGAUUUAAAUUUGUUGGUUCUGUGCUCUGUCCUUGAUUAUAACACUGCGAGGUUUCAAUGCUGAAAUACACGACGGACGGCUUGUCGAGUUACGUCAAAUUAAGAUGAGGUGGAAUAUCUCUAUUCAUUUCUAUUAAAACCAAUUCACAUCAAAACUUCACAUCUGAUUCCUUUCCUCUUUGGAAUAUCGUCAAGUUUGCAUUAGGACAGUUAGAUGCAGUACGGAAGCAAGGUAAAAUUUUCAUUCAACACCUCUGAUUUUUUUUUCGGUCUCAUAACCAACGUCGCGCGCAAGGCAACUCGGUGUUGAAUUAUUGUCAACUACUUGCUUUUUCUAAUCGACAAACUUUCUGCAACAAGCAUCGUGAUUUUAUUACCGCAGCGAAGGAAAUAUAAGGCCGGAAAUGGAAAAUAAAACAAACAAAGGACUGAGUCAGACAGUGCAGGUAUCGCAUACAUAUUUUUUAACACUAUAGCUUUACUUUCAUCACAGACGAACAGUGCUGCUUAGCAACCAACUAAAAGAAGCUCAAGUAAGAAAGCUGUCGUGGUUUAUCAUGUUAUACGUUACUGUUAAUAUGUAGGAUCAAUGGUGUACAUACGAAUGGCACAUUCGCUAUGAAACCGCUAUUCGAAACUUCUGGAAGAAACGUUCAAUUCUCAUUUUGUAAACACAGGUCAAAAACGCGAUGUCGUCUACCCCGGUUACAGAGAUAUUGAUUAAUCCUUGACACCACAACAAUAUUAUCAACUCUGUAUUGCCUGAGUCGAAAGCCUGUUCCGAAUAAGAAACAAAAGGAAUGUAUCAGUGGCUUAUAUUUUAGCAAUUAGAUGAGCCCCGCAUGCAAUGAUGAUUAGCAUAUUAGCUUUUGAUUAUAGGAAAAUCAAGGAAACAAUUCCAAAUCAAUUUCUAUCAUAUUUCAAACUUUUUUUUAGAUGAAGUGACUUCUAGGUUUCUUUUAGGAACAUUGCGGAACAGUGAGUACCCCAGGAUUGAGGAAGUAAACGUUUCUCCGACCUUUCUUGCUAUAAAUCCAGGAAUUUCUCCGCCAACAGGUCACCCUAAAAGUGCCAACGAAAAGGAAAAAUUGCAUGGAAAUGGUUCAUUACCGAUAAUUUCUUGCUUUGAACAAUUACAAACGCUUUUUCAAGAGGAUCCCAACAAGUCAGCUCUCCCUGUCGCAUCUACCAUAAUUACAUCCUAUCCAAGGAGAUUUCAUUUUCGUGGCACAGUCGUAAAAGCCAUAUCAAAGUGCCCUCGAUAUUCCCUUCCGUGGCCCACGAAAGAUGAAAUGGCAAGCACUCUUGUACUUUUGACAGACUUUAUACUGAAACUCUUGACGAGCUUAGUAUAUUCACUACUUGCUAUUGUCCAUUUACUUUUUCUAUUAUUCGCUAUUCGAAGGAAGUGGUUCAUGUUGUCAACAAAAAAGACCAAACCUAUGCCCUGCGUUGACAGCUCAACGGGUCUUAUGAGCUCGGGUCCAGAGAUCUUCGCAAAACCGUUGGAAACACUCUUAAUUUUGAUAACGUUAUUUGGUUCAGGGCUUUUCUCAUCAGCAGUUGUAUCGGCAAAUGAAACAUCAUCGUCAUCAUUGCCGUUAUAUUCGCCAUCAUCUUCAGCAUUCUCAAACUCUUCGUCUCUGAAUUCUUCCUUGACAGUAUUUUCAGCAACGUCAACAUUUCUACAACUUUCGCCACAAAAACUAUCAGCGACGACAAAGGCGUCACCAUCCUCAUCACAGUCAAUAGCACGGAAAUCAGUAACAGCACUCUUAUCAUCCUCAUCAUUAUCAUCAUGGCCAUCCCUAUGGUCUCAGUUUUCAUCGACGUCAUCGUUAACAUCAUCAGUGAUUUCAAAGUCCUUACAAUCAUCAGGGCAAUCACCAAUGCCGACCGUAUCAUCAUCAUCGUCAACGGCGACGUUGUCGUUACCAUCGUCAACGCCAUCCCCUCCACUAUUAGAAUCACCAUCGCCUUCACUAUCGUCACCGCCUUUACCGUCAUCGUUUAUCAUAUCAUUCUCCAAUCCAUCGCCAACGCCGCCAUCUCCAGACCUAACCCCAUCUCCAUCAACAUCACCGACAUCAUCUCCACCACCAUCGUCAACGCCGCUAUCUCCCGCCCUAACCCCAUCUCCAUCAAUAUCACCGACAUCAUCUCCACCGCCAACGUCAACGCCGCCAUCUCCAACCCCAUCUCCAUCAAUAUCACCGACAUCAUCUCCACCACUAUCGUCAACGCCGCCAUCUCCAGCCCUAAUCCCAUCUCCAUCGAUAUCACCGACAUUAUCUCCACCAACAUCGUCAUCUCCAUCACCAUCGUCGUCUCCAUCACCAUCGCCAUCAUCAUCCCUACCAUUAUCAUCUUUCACACCGUCCCCUUCGAUAUCCCCAUCUCACUCUCCAUCGCCUUCUCCAUCACUGUCACUAAUGCUUUCGCAUUUACUAUCAUCACUGCGAAGAUCAUCACAGCCACCAUCACCAUCAUUGCCACCUCCACCUUUGACUCCAUCUUUGCCUCCAUCUCCAUCGUCAUCUGUAUCUCUGGUUCCGUCUUUGCCUCAAUCUCAAUCUCCGUCUUCAUCUACAUUAUCAUCACAACCGCCAUGGCCUUUGUCAUCGCCAUUACCAUCGUCACUACCAGCAUCAUCAUUUCCACCACCAUUGUCAUUAUCAUCGCCAUCUCCAUCGUCAUCUCCAUCUCCGUCUCAAUCUCCAUCGUCAUAUCCAUCUCCGUCUUUGUCUCACUCCCUGUUUCUGUCUUCGUUACCUUCCCCAUCGCUGUCAUCGUCAAAAAAUGUAUCACCAUUACCAUUUCCUUUAUCAUCAUUACCACCAGCAACUUCAUCUCUUCCAUUUUCUUCUCCAGCGUCUUUAAAAUCACUAGAUUUACCUUUAUCACUAACAUCAACUUUAAAAUCGAAACACUCCUCAUUAACAUAUGUCAUCCGCCCCACAGGAUCGGUGAUUUCCUCAAUCUCUCAAUUGAUCAUUGCUAACGUGAUGUCACACACGGCUAACAGGACUAUUGUUUCUACUAAGUCAAAUACAAUGAGCUCUAGGUCGUCGUCAGAGGCAUUCACGUCAGCUUUGAUAUUCUCACCCUGGAGAAGUAACGCCUUGCAAGAGCAGCGAUCAACAGUUUCCUCAAUUUCUCAAAUGGCCGCUGUAAACCUUACGUCACAGACAGUUGACGUAACUCUUUCACCUACCAAGUCGCGUCUUAAGGAAUCUUCUUCGUCCACCGUGUUAGCAACAGAUAUCCUGACCAAACCAAGGGCUUCAAAUGACACGAGGAUUAUUGAUGUGACGGUUUCGUUAAUAAAUGAAGAAUACGAUAAAGACCUGAUGAAUAAAAGUUCAGCACGUUUUGUGAAUCUGUCUCGAAGGGUGAACUACACGGUAAGAAUUGUACUUCAUUCUGAACCGAAGAUAUUUCAGUUUAGUGACACAGAUAUGUUUUGACACUGCAUGACGUGUAUUCGCUGAAAUUAAAAAUGCAAUUGUUUAAAAGAAAUAUGUUUCAAUGACUGUGAAUAAAUGAAAAUCGUAUAUGUGAACUGCGGGUUAAGAAAUGAAUAUGAAAGCGAUCUUCGAAGUAAUAAACACUACUUAAGCAAUAGCGAAAGUAAGGUCUGAAAAAAAUUCAGGCCUGCAUGCGAUUUGAACCCAUAACCUCUGCGAUACCGGUGCAGCGCUCAGCAACUGAGCUAACAAGCCAACUGGGAGCUGGUAAAUAUUUCAGCCAUUCAUUUUCGUUGAGUGAUUUAAUUCUUAACUGAUUAAUUGAUGCUAGACGGACUGACUAAACGACAGAUCAGGAAUUACUACGUAAAGGAAUGAACUUUAGAACCAUUUAAAUCGAUUUAUUGAGAGAUUAGUCAUAUCAUGAUUUCAUUCUUCCUACAGCUGUGGGACAUGUUCUCUCGCGAUGUGACGGGCCUGAAGGAAAUACAAAUACUUGAAUUCAGGUUUGCAAGAAACAUUAAUGUCUCUUUCAGUGACUAAUUGAUGUCUAAAGUGAACUUACUUCUUGGUCGAGCCAAUGAACAGGUUGUAUGCCGGUGUACCUUGAUGACAGCAACGAUUAUCUGAUUGAACUCAAAUGAAACAAUCCUAACUAACGCAUUAAAAUAAUUAAGACUGGGAAUAUUGAUACGAAAUAUUAGUAAUUUCUGAUUUAGUUUUGACCUUUCCAAUUUUGUUUCAUUUAAGAAAUGGAAGCGUCCUGGUGGAUUUUCGAUUGCUUAUCGACAGUACGUCCAAUACGACUACACAUACAGUCAAUGAGACCCUCUGGAGAAAAAAUGGUUCCAACAUUGAAGGGUUUAUUUUCGGGAGAAUUCUCGUUAAAGGUAUGAUGUUAAUUUUUCUUUUACCAUCUCCAUAACACAUUUAAAACUACAUGGGAACUGCACUUCUCAUAAUUCACUGGCAAAAUGAUAUUUUUUCAACUGUAACCUUAAUUAUCUGGUCUUUACUUUCUGGUUGGAUUUUUCUGGCGCCAAAUGCAUUUUCCUUUAUUAUUGAAGAAAUUCGGAAUUUCUUCGCUUCGUUUGCAUUACAGAGAAGUGUUCCGCCGGAUUCUGUGCGAAUGCAGGUAUUUGUGACGAUGGUGCCAACGGUCCAAAGUGUAGGUCAGUACUGCAUUAACUCGACUAAACACUGUCUUGUUUAGCAAAUUUUCCACGUUUUUGAUUCGGCACUUAUUUUAGCAAACGUUAAUCCAAAUUCAUUCAUCAGGCGCUCCUCACACGUCAAGGCCGUCAAAGUGCAUGCGCGAGGGCACGUUUAUCAUGUGUCGGCUUCAAGAACCAAUUGAAGAGAGUAUAAAAUCAUAAUGCAAAAUGGACAAAAUUUUACAUGUUUUUUACAUGCCUUUCACGCGGAAAUGAUAAUUACAUGUGAAUUGGUGUGAGAAUACUGAGAAAUAUAAAUACAGCGUUAAAGUAUUGGAUAACGAGGAAUCAUGCGACUCUUUACUUAUCUUUAUGUGGAUCCAUCCUAAGGUGCGGCAAUGGAUUUGUGGGAUACAGAUGCACUCAAAGAUUAGGUAAGUUACAAUCUAUCGCUAAAUGACAAAAAAAACUCUUUUCAUUUGAAGUUACGUGCAGACCUUUGUGAUCUAAGCAAGAAAUGUACCUUAAACUUACAGAUUUUUGAAUUAUCAAAAUAUUUUCCUUCCAAAAGAAACAAUCUAUGGUUAAAUGCUCUAAAAUACUUUUUAACAGAUCCCGUACAUGGAAACUAUUCAGAGUGGUCCGAGUUUACAGACUGCAGCAAAACGUGUGAAGGUGGACAGAAACACCGCAAGCGCACUUGUACUAAUCCUUCUCCUGGACUUGGGGGCAACGAUUGCGCCGGACUGGGACGGGAUGUAGAAUACAUAGACUGCAAUAGCGAUGUCCGCUGUCCAGGUAUUCAAAAGUCCAAAUACGAGACUGAUUGGACGGGCAUCAGGAGCUUUUUGUUGUUUCUGUCGCAUUAGGCAACCAAUUGUAUUGUUACUCCACCUAAAUGAAAUGCUAGUAAAUUACAGGGAGCCUUCAACAUGUUGUCAAGAUACCAGUCAGUUUAGCCACUCAUUUAGGUGGAGGCGCUCAGUGUGAGACUUAAAAGUCUUGCGCAACGCAGCAACUGUGGCCUGGCUGAAAAAUACACUGGAUAUUUCGGUCCUAAGUCCAGCCUAUUAACCGGAGGGCAAUAGCCUUUGCCUCACUGUCCAAGAACAAGUUUACACAACUAAUUAAGAACUCGGCUUUGCGGGUUUCAUAUUGAUGAAGACUGGGCUAUCACGAUUGAAUAGCUCAUACGAUUGGUAUGAUGUAUAGUUAUUCUGAAAUAGUGCUACUCUCAAUCAUUAAUUUUUGAUUAGCGUUUAUCUUGUCGGAAUGUGAGAGUUUACCGUCUGACUUCUGGCCACUACUGCUCGUGUUUUUCAGUUUCAACUGAGGUGUGGAUAGCUGUCGGAGUCGCCUGUGGUGUGUUUCUCUUGAUUCUUAUUUUUGUUGUGUUGCUUCUGCUACGAAGACGAAGGAAACAAGCUGAACAAAGAAAUGGGUAAGUAUAGGUUACUUAAAUCGAAUGAGUAAGGAAUAACACAAUGGUUUGAAGCAACGACUACUCGAGUCAAAGUAUGGAAAUAAGUUGGGUAUAAAUCAGGCUCGGCUCUAAAGUCAAAUCAGCCAUUGAAUGAACACUCCCUCCCCUCGCCGGAAAACGUCAAUGCUAGUUGCGUAAGAUUUACGCCAAGAUUAAUGACAACCUUUUAAUUUCAGAAAAUCUACGUCCAAGGAUUAUGAGACAAAUGGACUCAGUACUGUUGUACCACUCGAAAUUAUCUACGAGGACAGUACAGCAACUAGUGCCAAUCCCAAGGGGAAGACGAAUCCAGAAUUUAUUGGAGACGACGAUGAUGACAACGAUAUUUAUAAAGCUCAGUUACUGUUAUUUCUGAAACACUCACAUUUGAUACGGAGUAAUCUUUACCCUGAUGAUCAAGACAACAAAUCAGAUGCUUCAGAACAUUCUAAAACGAAUUCCAGAAAACCUUCUGCAAUAUCUACGUCCAGCGACAAAGUCCAAGAGAACGAAGACGAGUUGGCUGUUGAUAUGGAAACAAAUCCUGCGUCCAAGGGUGAGGUAAGUUUCAAUUCUCUUCAUUUGGGUCCUCUAGUUACGUGAAGCUUACCAUUACGUGCGCGGGCUUAAAAAAAAUUUGGUCAUUCCUACUUUUUGUGGCGUAAAGUACGUUUGCAAACCGUGCGGCCAUGAUAUCGUACUGUGAUGUUUUGAAUAAUUUUUCAUUUGCGUCAUCAUCAUUUUCCUUUUUAUGAUGAUUCAACAAAGAGGAGAUAUCAUAAGCAGCUCAGGAGCUCUUGACUAACAGGAAUCAUCGCUAAGGUGAAAUUGAAAAUCACCCACCUGCUGAAAUUCAAUUUUUGUGAAAGUUUAAACGCUUUUUUUGUUAGGACCAACUUUCUGCACCGCAAGGUGAGGGGUUCCCUCCAACAACAGUCCUAUGACCUGGAAAUUAGAAUCUGUCUCUGAAGAAGACUUAAGGUAGAUUACCUUACAGACGCAGCCGUUUUGCGGACUCUCAUCCAGCGAGCAGGACUUGAAAAAGCCCUCAUCCGUUCCGUAUGAACAUAGUAAGCUUGCUGUAAUAAUCAAAAUAAUUGUGUUCAGCUCUCUGAACUGAAAGGAACUUUCAAGGCGCCUUUGACGCGCCUUAAAUGUCAAGAUAUAAGGUGAAACGUACGUGUUGACCAACUGUGUAUAAUUUGUUCUUGCAUGUUUCAGGUCAUCACAUUAUCGUCUUCAUAGUCGUUUUGAAUAUUUUCAUUUUCUUUUAUCAGUUUUUUAUUACUGUGUUUUCGCUAACUAUUUAAGGAAAUUAUUGGUUCUUGACAAGUUUACUCCGAGGGUAAAUUAAAAUACAAGUUUAAUUUUUUUAGAAUAAAAGGCGAUUCAUGGUUGAAGUUGUCAACCAUUGACAUGUAACACAGAAAAAUAAC